AUUGACCGUAUAAAAUAUGUAUAUUCUUCCCUUAUUUCGGAGUUGGCUUAUGGAAAUACUUUCGAAUUUGUAGUUAAAUAAACUUUAUUCAAUAAAGUACAAAAUGUGCUAAGUACAAUUAUUCCUAAAUUAAACUAUUUUAUUAUAUUAUGCCGUAUUUCCUGGGUGUUGGAUUUUAUACACUUUAAAUAGGGUCCAGCCCGAUAAACAGGUCCACUGAGUUUGGCGUUUCAAUUCAAAAACAGUUCUGAGCCUUACAUUCGUUUCGAAAAAAAUUCCCGGCUCAGAGAUAUUGUGUGCAACACGAACUAACCAAAUUGUAGGCGCCGCCCAGGGAUGUCUUCCCCGAAGACUGGAGGUCCUGUCUUUCAGCAAUCAAUGCACUUGUGACUGCCCGCCAAGGAUUGGCAGAACUUAUUCCUAAGUUAGUAAAGCGAAUUUAUUAAAAUAAAGAUGCCGGUGCAGCUAGAGUCCCAGAAUGCAAAUGGUGGCGAUGGCGAGGAGGAGGAAGGUCGAUUGGAGUAUAAAGAGGUGGAUCCGCUGCGGCUGUCAACAUUGAUCCUGAAGGCUGAUCCGCGGUACCGCAUCAAGCCAAUGCAACAGGUGGUGUCCGCACUCAUUGGCGGCCUCAUUACGACGUUUGUGGUGACUCCCUUGGAAGUGGUAAAAACGCGGGUGCAGACCCAGCAUGCGGUCCGCCAGCGACCGACUAUCUCCAAGCUCUGCUACGUCUUCCACAACGGUCUGAUGACGCAUGUGUGCCGCUCCAGCGACAUCUGCAUUCCAAAACCGGGUCGGGACCCCCGCGACCUUCGCCCCCUGCGCGGUGCCAUGGACGCGUUUGUCAAGAUUGUCUGCAGCAGUGGACUGAGCGGCCUGUGGGCAGGCCUCAGUCCAACGUUAGUUUCGGCGCUGCCCUCCACGAUUAUUUACUUUUUAACGUACGAGUAUAUAAAGAAUUCCCUGUCCCACAUCUACAUGGUGUCGGGCAAGCUCGAUGAAUCCGGCGCGGAGGACCAAGUGCCCGGAGCCGACGGCGGUGAUCCCCUGGACCUGGCCACCAGGGGGUGGAACCUUAGCGCCACUGCUCAGGCUCCAGCCGCUGUGCCACUGCCCUACUACGUGCCCAUGGUCUCGGGCAUCUGCUCGCGCACCAUCGUUGUGACGGCUAUCACGCCCAUCGAAAUGGUGCGCAUCAAGAUGCAGUCGGAGUACAUGACCUACUCGGAGCUGUGGCGCGUGCUGCGCUCGCUGGUACGCCAGCACGGGUUGCUGGGUCUGUGGCGGGGCUGGCCGCCCACCGUGUUGCGGGACGCCCCCUUUUCGGGCACCUACUGGGCAGCCUACGAGGCGAUGAAGCGGGCCUUCGGUGUCUCGGAGCCCACCUUCCUCUUUAGCUUCUUCACGGGCGCCGUUUCCGGAGCGAUGGCCACCUUUGUGACAAUGCCCUUUGACCUGAUCACCACCCACACGCAGAUGGAGCUCGGUCAGGAUGUGCUCUACGAGGAGAUGGGAGCAGGACCAGGAUCAGGAGCGCCAGAAGAAAAAGCUGGACGACCCGGAUCGGGAUCGGUAUCGAGCCUAGGAUCCAAAGACAGGCAGCGGACCCCGCCUGGUGGGCCCUCCAAGCCAUCUAUGUUUUCCCGGCUGAACCACAUCUACCGGCAGCGGGGAUUACGAGGCCUUUACGUCGGCGUUGUGCCGCGCAUGCUCCGCGUGGUUCCCGCCUGUGCCAUCAUGAUCUCCACCUUCGAGUACAGCAAGUCGUUCUUCUUCCACUACAACCUGGAUCUUCAGGAAGCGGCUUACCGGGGCUCCCAGUGAAGUCACAAGCUAGAGAGCAACUGCACCUGCAAUGGCCAAGAGGGAAUGGGAAUCCUGCGCCCACUUGGCGGCCGCUUGUGCCGCAGUGGCGGCCACUCCCAGCCAGAGCCAGUCGAAGGC